GAAACUUCCUUGUAGCAGGUGAAAGAUGUGUAUGGAGGAUUUCUACAAAUGCUCAAGAAGAGGAAGGAGCUGAUUCCUCUGAUUGGGUUUGUUGGAUGUGCUGCACUUGGAGCAGCAACCGCUUCGAUUUACUUCUUACUGACCAAACCGGAUGUCAUUUUAAACAAGACCAGAAACCCAGAGCCAUGGGAGACAUUAGAUCCAUCAACACCUCAGAAGCUCAUAACCAUUAACCAGCAGUGGAAACCAGUGGAGGAGCUGGAGCUGGUGAAAGAAAACUGACCAAGUGAUCUCCUCUGAUCUGAACUCUGUGUUUACAUGCACUGGAUUGUACUUUAAACAUGUACUGUGCCUUUAACUGUGUGUACUGGUUAUAAACUUAAAUAAAUGUAUGAUAUGAAUUAAAAA